AUGAUAAACCUCCAGGAUGUGAUCAGCAACCUGCCCGGCAGGAACCGAUACCCAUUUCAUGUUGACGAAGAAAGACUGAGCUUUGCAAAGUUGGACGAACUGAACAGGGACCAAAGUGAAAUCGUUCGGGAGGAAGCGGAGGACCAGGAGCCCUCCGGGGGGCUGGAUUGUGAGCGACGCGUGGCUGGGAUCGGCGACACCCGUCACCUCACCACCUGGGAAGCCGGCUGGAACGUUACCAACGCCAUCCAAGGCAUUUUUGUCUUGGGCUUGCCGUACGCUGUUCUGCAUAGUGGAUAUGUCGGGUUGCUUCUCAUCACGUUAGCUGCUGUCAUUUGCUGCUAUACUGGCAAAAUUCUCAUUGCCUGCCUUUACGAAGAGAACGAAGAGGGACAGAGUGUCAGAAUGAGGACAUCAUAUGAAGACAUUGCCAAUGCCUGCUGCAAGCAACUAUUCCCGAAACUGGGAGGCAAAAUUGUUAAUUUUGCUCAGGUGGCUGAACUAAUUAUGACUUGCAUUCUGUAUUUGGUGGUAAGUGGGAAUCUCAUGGUCCACAGUUUCCCACAAAUCCCAGUGUCAGAGGAAACCUGGUUUGUGAUUGCCAUUGUGAUGUUGGUCCCAUGUAUUUUUAUAGAAAAUCUUCAAAUUGUAUCAAAGCUGAGUCUCCUUUGUUCUGUAGUUCAUCUUGUUGUUCUGUGCAUUGUCAUUACUUACUGCAUGAUGCAAAUGGGAAAAUGGUCCUGGAGAAAGGUGAAAUUUUCAGUGGAUUUUGAGAAGUUUUUGGUUUCUGUGGGGGUGAUUAUUUUCAGCUACACUUCACAGAUUUUCCUGCCCGCUCUGGAAGGCAGCAUGAAAAACAGGGGCAGCUUUGAGUGCAUGUUGAACUGGACACAUAUGGCUGCAUGCGUCUUUAAAACAGUGUUUGCCCUUGUCUCAUUUGUAACCUGGGGCAAUGAAAUGAAGGAAGUAAUCACAGAUAAUUUGCCGUUUAACCUGCGGAUGUUGGUAAAUGUAUGUUUGGUGGCCAAGGCCCUCCUUUCCUAUCCACUGCCCUUUUAUGCAGCUGCUGAAGUUGUACAAAGUAGUAUUUUCAAUCCAAGUUCAAGGGCUGGAAAUUCUCAAGUUUGGCCACUGGUGAUACGAGGCUGUUUAUUGAUGUUAACCCUUCUAUUGGCUGUGCUAAUGCCACAUUUUGCCUUUCUCAUGGGGCUAACGGGCAGUGUUACAGGGGCUGUUAUGACUUUUCUCCUUCCUUCACUUUUUCACCUGAAGCUCCUCUGGGAUAAAUUGGGCAAUCUAGAAAGAUUCUUGGACAUUUCCAUCUUUCUCCUUGGAUCACUAUGCAGCCUUUCUGGGAUCUUCUGUUCAGUGAAGGAGGUGGUUGAUGCUUUCAAAGGCAGCUAAGUCCAAGAUAGCAGCUGCUUGGUGCUGUGUUUCCUACUUA